UGCUGGCAGCCUGAAGAGAGUCGCUGGCCGUGGUCGCCGCUAGGUAGGAUAUAUCUGCAUCUUGAAAGGAAGAUAAAACAAAAGCCUUCUUUGGAAUAGAUGGAUUUUUGUCACUUUCUGUGUGAACUAAAGUGAUUCAAUGUCUCUUUUGGAUUGCUUCUGCACUUCAAGAACACAAGUUGAAUCACUCAGACCUGAAAAACAGUCUGAAACCAGUAUCCAUCAAUACUUGGUUGAUGAGCCAACCCUUUCCUGGUCACCUCCAUCCACUAGAGCCAGUGAAGUACUAUGUUCCACCAACGUUUCUCACUACGAGCUCCAAGUAGAAACAGGAAGAGGAUUUGACAACUUGACUUCUGUCCAUCUUGCACGGCAUACUCCCACGGGAACACUGGUAACUAUAAAAAUUACAAAUCUGGAAAACUGCAAUGAAGAACGCCUGAAAGCUUUACAGAAAGCCGUGAUUCUAUCCCACUUUUUCCAGCAUCCCAAUAUUACAACUUACUGGACAGUUUUCACUGUUGGCAGCUGGCUUUGGGUUAUUUCUCCAUUUAUGGCCUAUGGUUCAGCAAGUCAACUCUUGAGGACCUGUUUUCCUGAAGGAAUGAGUGAAACUUUAAUAAGAAGCAUUCUCUUUGGAGCUGUGAGAGGGUUGAACUAUCUGCACCAAAAUGGCUGUAUUCACAGGAAUAUUAAAGCCAGCCAUAUCCUCAUUUCUGGUGAUGGCCUAGUGACCCUGUCUGGCCUGUCCCAUCUGCAUAGUUUGGUUAAGCAUGGACAGAGGCAUAGGGCUGUGUAUGAUUUCCCACAGUUCAGCACAUCAGUGCAGCCGUGGCUGAGUCCAGAACUACUGAGACAGGAUCUACAUGGGUAUAAUGUGAAGUCAGAUAUUUACAGUGUUGGGAUUACAGCAUGUGAAUUAGCCAGUGGGCAGGUGCCUUUCCAGGACAUGCAUAGAACUCAGAUGCUGUUACAGAAACUGAAAGGUCCUCCUUAUAGCCCAUUGGAUAUCAGUAUUUUCCCUCAAUCAGAAUCCAGAAUGAAAAAUUCCCAGUCAGGUGUAGACUCUGGGAUUGGAGAAAGUGUGCUUGUCUCCAGUGGAACUCACACAGUAAAUAGUGACCGAUUACACACACCAUCCUCAAAAACUUUCUCUCCUGCCUUCUUUAGCUUGGUACAGCUCUGUUUGCAACAAGAUCCUGAGAAAAGGCCAUCAGCAAGCAGUUUAUUGUCCCAUGUUUUCUUCAAACAGAUGAAAGAGGAAAGCCAGGAUUCAAUACUUUCACGGUUGCCUCCUGCUUAUAACAAGCCAUCAAUACCAUUGCCUCCAGUGUUACCUUGGACUGAGCCAGAAUGUGAUUUUCCUGAUGAAAAAGACUUAUACUGGGAAUUCUAGGGCUGCCAAAUCAUUUUAUGUCCUAUAUACUUGACACUUUCUCCUUGCUGCUUUUUCUUCUGUAUUUCUAGGUACAAAUACCAGAAUUAUACUUGAAAAUACAGUUGGUGCACUGGAGAAUCUAUUAUUUAA